CCCCACGCCCCACUUCCGUGGUUUGGAUAUUCUGGGUGACUGCAAAGAAGAGUUUUGGAGUUGUUUCGGAUUGGGUUUGUUUUUUUGUUUUUUUUUUUUUUUUUUUUUUUUUUUUUUGUUCCCUUCUCCUGCCCUUGAACUGAGUUUGUCCUCUGUGCAUGCCUGUUCUGGAGCAAGGCUGGAUCCUGAACCUCGGUGCAUGUGAGAGGCAAAGCCUCGUUCAUAUUCCUGCAAUAAGAGUAAAAUGUAAAUUGGAUAAUACGACUUCUUGCCAAAGGCUCCAAUGAGUGGCACACAGUCCACAAUCACGGACAGGUUUCCUCUCAAAAAACCUUCGAGACACGGCAGCAUUCUGAGCAGAGAGUCCCCAGCAGACAAGAAGCAGAAGGUUGAGCGCUGCAGCAGCACCCACGACUUCGAUCCCACAGAUAGCUCCUCCAAGAAGACAAAGUCUAGUUCUGAGGAGAGUAGAUCCGAGACGUAUGGCCUGGUGCAGAGGUGUGUGGUGAUCCAGCGGGAUGAGAACGGCUUUGGGCUGACGGUCAGCGGGGACAACCCCGUCUUCGUGCAGUCCGUCAAGGAAGAUGGAGCAGCCAUGCGGGCUGGAGUGCAGACAGGUGAUAGAAUUAUCAAGGUGAACGGGACUCUGGUGACACACUCGAACCAUUUGGAGGUGGUCAAGCUGAUCAAGUCGGGUUCCUAUGUAGCUCUCACUGUCCAGGGGCGCCCUCCAGGGUCACCCCAGAUUCCCUUGGCGGAUUCCGACGUGGAUCUGGCAGCUUUUGGGCAUAUGUCUCCCAUCAUGGCAUCCCCCCACUCGCCUGGCACGUCAGGGAAUGCAGAGAGGAUCACCAGCCCAGUGCUCAUGGGGGAGGAGAAUAACAUUGUCCACAGCCAGAAGGUGGAGAUCCUGAGGAAGAUGCUCCAGAAGGAGCAGGAGAGGCUGCAGUUCCUGCAGGAGGAGUACAGCAGAGCCCCCUCCACCCGCCUGCUCAAGGAGAUCCAGGAGACAAAGAAACACAUUCCUCAGCUGCAGGAGCAGCUGUCCAAGGCCACAGGCUGCACUCAGGAUGGAGUCCUGUCCUCCCGGGCGGUGUCCGAGGCGCUGCAGAUCAGCGAGGGGGAGGCAGAGAGUGGGGACAGUGGCAGCAAACUGGAUUUCAGUGGUGACAGCCCCUCCAGACCCAACAGUGACAUUGCUGAUAGUCCUCGCAGCGGCCUGAAGGAGAGGAUUUAUCCAGAUGAGAGCCCAGAAAAGGCUGAGCUUCAAGAUACUGAUUCCCAGUCCAGCGUUGGAAGUCCCCUGUCCCGAGUGGGGACUCAGAUCAUUGGAGCAGAGGAUGAUGAUUUUGACACGGAGCAGGAGCAGAUUAAUGGGCAGUGCAGCUGCUUCCAGAACAUCGAGCUCCUGAAAUCCCGCCCGGCUCACCUGGCUGUGCUCCUGCACCAUGUGGUGUCCCAGUUUGAUCCUGCAGCCCUGCUGUGCUACCUUUACACAGACCUGUACAAACAGACCAACUCCAAAGAGACACGGCGCGUUUUCCUGGAGUUUUACCAGUUUUUCCUGGACAGAGCUGCAAACCUGAAAGUCCCAGUUCCAGAUGAAAUCUCCUUGGAAUUAGACAGGAGAAGGCCAGAGCUCCUCCCUGAAGAGCUCCACCGCCAGUUCAUCCAAACCAUGCAGGAUAAAGUCUGUCCAGAGGUUCAGAGGAACCUGGAAGAUUUCAGGCAGAAGCGGAGCAUGGGGCUGACCCUGGCCGAGGGGGAGCUGACCAGGCUGGACGCAGAGCGGCUGCGCGACCGCAACGCCGUGGAGAAGGAGAGGAGCUGUGCCGAGCAGAUCAUCGCUAAAAUCGAGGAGGUCCUGAUGACAUCUCAGCCUCUGGAAGAAGACAAGAGCUCCACCAUGCAAUAUGUGAUCCUCACCUACAUGAAACACCUGGGAGUCAAAGUCAAAGAGCCUCGGAACCUGGAGCAGAAGCGGGGCCGGAUUGGUUUCCUGCCAAAGAUCAAGCAAAGCAUCAAGAAGGAGAAAGAAGGAGAGGAGAAAGGGAAGAGGAGAGGCUUCCCCAACAUUCUGGGCCCCCCGAGGAGACCGAGCCGACAUGACAGCAGUGCAAUUGGCAGGGCCAUGGAGAUGCAGAAGCCCAGGCACCCCAAGCACUCUCCCACAGCCUCUUCUGUGAGCCCAGAGCCCCCCGAGUCCAGCAAGCUGCGGCAGAGCGGCUCCUCCAGCGAGGGCACAGAUGCCCCUUACCCCCCUGCCAACCCCAUGUCCCCCCUGGCAAUGGGGCCCUUUGCCUCCCCAGAGGGCAGCAAGGACGGUGACACAGGUUUGAAGCAGCCUGGGGAAGCCCCACCUGCCAGUGACUCCAUGGAUGGCACCCCCCGCACACCCAACAACACCUUUGAGUUCCCAUCUCCUUUGGAAAACCUGCAGGAGGAGGAGGGAGAAUCUGAGAGGAUGGUUGACAUGGGAACACCAAAACCUUUUCGCAAGAUGGACAGUGUUGGCUUUGCAGAUGUGCAGAGUGAGGAUGAGCUCUAUGACUUCGACAUGGACAUGGAUCCUCCCAACUGGCAGCAGCUUGUGAGCAGGGAGGUGCUGAUGGGGCUCAAACCCUACGAAAUCAAGCGUCAAGAAGUGAUAAAUGAGCUGUUCUACACGGAGCGAGCCCACGUGCGCACGCUGAAGGUCCUGCACAACGUCUUCUACCAGAGGGUCACCAGGGAGGGCAUCCUCAGCUCCAGUGACAAGCGGAAAAUCUUCUCCAACCUCGAGGAUAUCCUUGGGCUGCAUGUUGCACUGAAUGAUCAGAUGAAAUCUGUCCGAAAAAGGAACGAGACUUCUGUCAUUGGCCAAAUUGGGGAAGAUUUGCUCUCCUGGUUUAGUGGAGCAGCAGAGGAGAAGCUGAAACUUGCCACUGCCACCUUCUGCAGCAACCAGCCCUUCGCUCUCGAGGUCAUCAAGUCCCGCCAGAAGAAGGACUCGCGCUUCCAGACCUUUGUGCAGGAUGCUGAGAGCAACCCCCUGUGCCGGCGGCUGCAGCUGAAGGAUAUCAUCCCCACGGAGAUGCAGAGGUUGACUAAAUACCCCCUUCUGCUGGAUAACAUUGCUAAAUACACAGAGCUGCCUGAGGAGAAGGAGAAGGUCAAGAAAGCGGCAGAUCACUGUCGCCAGAUCCUCAACCACGUGAACCAGGCUGUCAAAGAGUCAGAGAACAAGCAGCAUCUGGAGGAUUAUCAGCGGCGACUCGACCUCUCCUACUUGAAGCAGUCGGAGGAUCCCAUGAUGGAUGAGUUCAGGAACCUGGAUCUAACAAAGAGGAAAAUGCUCCAUGAAGGGCCCCUGACCUGGAAAGUGAAUCGUGACAAAACCAUCGAUCUGUACACUCUGCUGCUGGAGGACAUCCUGGUGCUGCUGCAGAAACAAGAUGACAAACUGGUGCUGAAGUGCCACAGCAAGAUCCUGGCAUCCACAGCCGACAGCAAACACACCUUCAGCCCCAUCAUCAAACUCAACACUGUGCUGGUUCGCCAGGUGGCCACAGAUAACAAAGCUUUCUUUGUCAUCUCCAUGUCGGCGACGGGGGCUCACAUCUACGAGCUGGUGGCACAGACUGUCUCCGAGAAGAAUGUCUGGCAGGACCUUAUAGCUCAGAUGGCAGGAACUGUGAAGAUGGGGAGCAGCAGAAGAGUGAUCCCACUGCCUCAGUCAGGCCCUGGAGAAGAUGAGCGUGAAGAAGAGGAGCAGCAGAAGCUCAAAGAGCAGCAUGACAUUCCUGCCAGCAGCCUGCAAAGUCCAGAUAAAGAUUUGGGCCUGGAAUCUCCAUUAAUACUGAACCCUCAGUCCUCUUCACCCCUCAUGUCUGACAAGGCCAAGGUGGAAGGGCUGCUGGGGGCUGAGGGACAGUUUGAGAAGGUGCAGCAGGCAGAGCUGGCACUGAAGGACUCCUCUGCCUGCUAUGAACACCCGGCCAGCAGCUCAGCCCCAGAGGGGCAGUGGGCACGGGAUGCCCUGAGGAACUUGGGGCUGCUGAGGCAGCUCUUGGUGCAGCAGCUCGGCCUGGCUGAGAAGGGGAGCCUGGAGGACAGACAGCGCUUGCCCAGGUUCAGGACCGUGUCCCAGGAAGGCCAGACAGAGAGUGGGAGCGAGCUGCAGCCCUGUGACAGCAAAUUCCAGCAGCCUGGAGAGGACGGAAGCGCUGGCAGAACUGGAGAGCCCGCGGCUGGGCACGGCCCCCGGACUGCAGCGGAGGGCCCGGCCCCGGGGGACGGCCUGCAGCUGGCAGAGCCCGCGGCCAGGGGCGCUUUGCCCAUGGACAGCACGAACCUGGAGGGCUCCAGCUCGGAGCUGGAGGGGCUGGGGGCUGAGGAGAGCGGGGAGCAUUUCUUCGAUGCCCGGGAAGCUCACAGCGACGAGAACCCGGCCGAGAGCGAGCUGCUGGACAGGAAGGAGGACGAGGAGGUGCAAAUUCGGAUCUCAGGAAAUUAUCUGAUCCUAGACGGAUACGGAACAGUGCAGGAGAGCUCCACGGACGAGGAGGUGUCAGCCCUGGUCCUGCAGUGCACCUCCCACAGCCAGCCCCCCCUGGACUGUCCCCAGCAGCAGCCCCUGUCCCCAAGGGACACCCAGUCAGACGGGGGCAGCUCCCCGUUCCCCGAGGAGCUGCUGGGCUCGCGCUGGGCAGGGCUGGAGGAGCCCUGCCCCUUCCUGGGCAGCCCUCAGCUCCCGCUGGAGAUCCGAGUGCAGCUCAUGCAGUACAUCCAGAACAUCGAGGAUGCCCUGGAGAAGCUAAAGGAGGUUGAGGAGGAUUACAGCGUUCUGCGGCGCCAGGGGCUGGCUGGCUCAGCCUCCACAGGAGAGCACUCAGACAAAAGCUAGUCGUGUUUCCAGGAGUGGCUGAAGAUUGGAUGAAGAGAAUCAGGACACAGCACCCGCUGUCUCCCCUGUGGACUCUGGGAUGAGGGUUUGGAGCAUCCAAACAAGAACCAUUCUCUAGCAAAACGGGCAUGGGGUGCUUUUCCUGUGGGGCAUCUGCACUAUCUUGUCAGUGAGGGAGUCUAUUCUAUUCUGCUCCUCUCCUUGCUACCAGAAAUUAAUUUUUUUUUUCAGAAAAGAAAAAAAAAAAAUAAACCAAACCAAAUGUACAGAGCUUUGGGUGUAGGAUAUAAAAAAAAAAUGUAUUUAGACAUUUAAAAGAAAAAAAAAUCAAUGUAUUUAUUUGACUUCAUUCCGUGUAUCAAAAGCACAUUUUAAUUUUUUAAUCUGCCUUUUUUUUUUUUUUUUUUUUGGUUCUGUUUUUGGGUAGUGACAGUUCUGGCCCACCCUGCCUGGUGAGGGGACAGGGGGGGACCUGUGUGCAGGUGUUUCCUCACUGGACUGGACUCUGCACUCCCUGCUGGCACUCAGACUACCAAGAGCUACUCAUGAAGGUGUUAGGAUGGAAUUUAUGGCUGGAAUUUGUCUGUAUCCAACCAACUGCAUGGGAAUUGCUCAUGUCACCACGUGUGGAACGGGAAUUUUCCAUGCACUAAACAGCCAGGCACUUGAGAUGGGCAAAUUUUACUUUUCCCCUUUCCCAUUCCUUUGCUGGGAGAGGAGAAAGAGGUUUAAUUUCAUUUUGUUUUGUUUUUUUUUCUUGACUUUGUUGGCUUUGAUCAUUGUCUCCUUUGUAAAGUGAUAAAAAUAACUUGGACCUGCAGCACUUUUGUAACUCUUCUCUGGAUCAAAAAUGAAAAAAAGAGGAAAAAAAAAAAAUAGAGAAAAAAUGCAAACCCAGAAGUGUUUCAAAGAUGUGGGGCAGCUCUGCCCCCGAUUCACUACUGAAUGAAAAAGGGCUGCCAUGGAGUUAGCCACAGGUACUGCUGAUUAUAGGGCCAGUAAGUUUUAGUACCUGAAGUAUGUCUUGCUGAGGGCUCGGGGUGGGGUUUGGGGCUGGUUUUUUGGGGUGGGGUUGGUUUCUGUUGGAUUUUUCUUUUUUGUUUUAAAUCACUCGUGCCAAUGUGUUCUCGCCCAAACCGAGAUUGGCAACCCCAGAAGGCUGAAGCAGCUCUUGGGCACUUCCUCAGGCCUGUCCUGGUGGGGUUUGCUGCUGGAAUUCCUGCCAGGAUUUGGGAACAGGAUGGGAAUUGGGGUAACACUGGGUAUCACUGCCCAUUUCCAUUCAUUAUCCAUCCCCCCCACGCUGGAUUUCACCAAGAUGGAUCUGACAGCAAGGAGUUCUGGAUCCAUGCACUGCCUUUCCCUGGCCUUUGGGCAUCUCCUCGUUUUCCUGGGGUUUUGUGUGUCAGAUUUGAGGGUGGUGAUGAAUUUUCACUGUCCUGCUCGGCUGGGGGUGGUUCAGGCUGUCCCCAGUGUCACCAGGCUGCUCCUGUGAGCUGUGUGAGGAGCACACCCUCUUCCCGAGUUUGGAGAAGCCAAACUGAGCACCCUGCACUUGCCAUGGAGAGCCAGAGCUCUGCCUUUGCUCAGCUCCAGGAUCCUCCUGCUCCUCCAAACUGAGAGCUUUUCCUUUAGCUGCUGGCAGGAAAUCACCUCAGACCCUCAUCAGAAAAUUCCCAGCUCCUGUUCCUCCCCCAGAAACCUGUGGGGGAUGAGCCCAGAGAGGAGGAGAGGGAGCAGAGGUGAUUUUGGAGUGGAAGUUGGAGCCAGGGAGGGUAGGGAGGAAUUCCUGUUGUUGUAAGAGCAUCCCCACUGCCAGCACCAGCCAAAGCUCCUGCAGGCUGCCAGGAGCUCCCUGGAUUUUUGGGAUGUGCCAAGGCCCGUCCUGUUGUGUGGGAUUAUUGUCAGUAUUAACCCAGCCCUUCACCCUCGUGGAUGGGCUCUCCCCUCCUCACCUCAGCCCCACAACCCCCUGGGUUAUAAACAAAUAAUAUCCAAAAUACAUCCAAAUUCCCUCUGAGAAACCCCCCAGCCUGGAAUGCUGCCAGGAAGGGAACUGGGCAACAGCCAGUGGAGCCCUUUUUCCUCCUCCCACUCCAAAAACAGGAGCAGUUUCUGUGACCUCAGUGAUCCAGAAGCUUCCCAGAGGCUUCCAUGGAAAUCAUCCCUGAGCUCCAGACAGGAGGGAGCUCAGUCUGGCUUUAGAAGAAGGUUCUGGAAGAGCAGCAGAGGUGGGGCUUGGGGAGGCCUGGCUGUUUCCUGCUCUUUGCUCAUGGUUGAACACAAAAUCCUCGGUGGGUCUCCAGAAUUCCAAGGUCUCUGGUGGUUCCUGGUUUCACCUCUGCUGGUUGUGGCAGCAGGGAAAAGCUGGGAGGGCAGCGUGUUUGUGAAUUCACGUUUUUGCCUGCUGGAGUGGAUUUCAGCCUCAAAUCCCUUAAUUCUGCCUCGGGGUGGCCCCCAGGGUGAGGGGCAGCCGUGUCCCUGGCACUUCCAGGGUGGAUAAGGGGAGAAUCCUCACUCAGUGCGGGGCUGGGGAUGGCAGAGGAGCCUCUGGAGGUGCUGGCAGGGCAGGGCAGGGCAGGGUGUGACAGAUUCAGGAAUGUUGAAGCCCAGCUCGCCUGACCCCAGUUUUAUGGGCUCUGUCCUGGCUGUGCUUUCAGCUCUGGAUCAUCCUCACAAGCAGGGAGGUGAUGUGGGGCAGGGAUCCCUUCACCUGGAGGGACAGGGAGUUCCUUUUUCCUCCCUGGCACAUCUGCACCACAGACCUGGGGCUGGAGGAAGGAGCUGGAGCUCAAAUGCACUAUUCAAGAUUCCCACCCCUUUUUUCCUCCUUUAAGCCAUAAGAUUCCCCUUAUUUUAAACUGAAAUUUUCAUUUUAAUUUCCCCCUGGUUGGUGCUGGGUUGGGCAUUCCCUUAUCCAAACAGUUCUCUGGAGUUUUUUUUGUCCCAGCUCCUCAUCCCAAAAUUAUUUUUUUUUCCCCCCCCUUCCCCAAAUAGAAGAACAAGGAUUUCUUGUUUUGGGAACAAGGCUGGGAUUUAAGAACAUCUUCUGAGAGGUCAUUUCCCUUCUGCUGUCCCAUGGAUGAGCUGAAAGCUCAGAUGGAAUUGUUCUGGGAUGGGAAUUCCCUUCUCCUGCAGGAGAUUCCUGAGCACCCCUGGUGUGUAGGGAUGUCCAAGGAUGAGGAGUGCAAAGCUCGGGAGCUCCGAGCUCUCAGACAGCACUUGGCCUGUCCCAGUGUUCUAAAACUGGAUUUUUGGGUUUAUAUCUCCCUGCUAUUAGAUUUCAUUCUCCUGUAUCCAGUAUUUUCCCCCUGUUCCCCAGAGAAAUCCCUGGAUUCCCUCCCCUUCCCCAAAGGUGCCAACUGACAAGCAGAUGUACUGCAAAAGGGAUACUGCAGCCAAAACACUGCUGUUUUAUUUUGAAUUAAGUCUUGUGGAGCUCUCUUCAUACUAGAAUAUUUUUUAUUUUCUUUGUACAACAUACAAUCAUGUACUCUUAACAGAGAUUUACUUUAAAGAGAAGAAAAAAAAAAAUCUGGAAGUAUUCUUAAAAAAAAAAAUACACAAAAAUCUUUAUUAAUAAUCCUGUAUUUUUACUGAUCAUGUUUGAAUGUCUAAAAAGACUUUAUUGUUCUAAUUAUCCAGAUGUAUGUUUGUAAAAUAGCUCUUUUAUGACUUAGCUGAUCGGGUUGUAUGUUUCUGGAAUUAAAUAUUGGUCACUUAAAAAAAGAAAAAAAAAAGAAAUCUGUUUUCAGGACCUGGGAAAUAGAAAAUUUAAGCGUUUCAAAUAUCAUUAAAUAAGCUUAAAG